UGUCUUGUAGUCUGUCGCUCAGACGACUCGAGUGUGGAAAGUGGAAGACCGGCCGGUGCGCGCGCGGUACCCCCAACAUCGGUCAUCCUUUGAGGAGGCAAGCGCACUCUGCUUCUCACACACACUCUCUCUCUCUUUCAAGCUGUGCCCUCUCACGUGCGCCUUAACCGGUCCGCCUUGGACGCCACACUCUCAUCCCCGCUUCGGCGCAGUCAAGUAACGGCUCCGACUUACACGGCGGCGGCGGAUCCGUCUCGCGAGGCUCUCUCUCUUUUCUGGGCCGAACCCACUCCAAGGAAGACCAAAGUUGCAGUGCCUUUGAGAGGACGCCUGGUAAUGGUCAGUGUAGCCGCCCUGCGUGAUGCCUGAUCAUGACAGCGCCGCGCUCCUAACCAGACAGACCAAGCGCCGACGAGUUGACAUCGGUGUGAAACGGACCGCGGGCAGUGUCACGGGGAUCCUACUCGACCGCAUGAACCAAUCGCAUAGCCCUGAUCAGGACAGAGAUUGUUCGCUAGUUGGUCGAGGCCACAGCGGUAGCAACGGUACUGGGGAGAAAUCCAAUGUUUUGAGAAAGUUACUGAAAAGGGCCAACUCGUACGAGGAUGCCAUGAUGCCUUUCACCGGGGCAACCAUCAUCUCACAGCUCCUAAAGAACAAUAUGGUGAAGAAUGGGGCGAGUGACUCCGGCUUCCAGGGAAGUGGCGCUCUGUCCAGUGGCGGCUCAGAGAUCCAGGCUGAGGAUGCUUGCAGCAAUUCCUCCUCCCAGGACCGGGACAGCCCGUCGAACUGCCUUUCGCCGGGACCUCUUCCUUCGGCCCCACCGUCAUUCGGACGACCGCUACCUCCUUCCAACCUCAAUUCGCACACUCAGCCGCUGUCCUUCUCCACAUUUGACUUAGACAGGCUGUCGGACGAGCACCUUCAGGCGAAGCGGGCUCGGGUGGAAAAUAUCAUCCGCGGUAUGAGUCACUCCCCGCUGGUCCGGCCCAGCACUGACGAUCACAGCAACCGCGACAACAAUAACGGGCAUAGAGGCGAUGGCAAUAGUCACGGCCACAGGCGAAGCGAUUGCGCCUCUUCCCUCCUCAGCUCUCCCGGUUCGCGGGCAGGAGGGGUCAGUGCUGGCGAAGUGUACCGGGAGAACAAGAGGAAGCAGCGCCUGCCUCAGCAGCAGCACGGCUUCACGCAGCUGGUGUGUUCCAGGCAGCAGCAGCGGCAGGAGGAGAGGCGACAGCUCAAACUGCAGCUGGAAGACAUGCAGAAGCAACUGCGCCAACUCCAAGAGAAGUUCUACCAGAUCUACGAUUCUGAGACAGACGAGGAGGAGGAGAACCGCGAGGGUGGCAGGUUGGAUGGAGGCGGCGAGAGGGACGAGGACGGUAACCUGUCUGAGGACAGUAUUCGCUCUGAUGGCCUAGAGGAGAGGCACAGGGACAGAGGGCGCCGCCGCCAUGAUGACCUCUCAGAGCUGGACCCGGGCUUGUUCCUCGACCGGGCCCGAGCCCUACUGCGACAACAGGCCUUGAUGGAUCGAGAAAUUGAGGAGGAUGUGGUGGGGAGGCUGGAGGAGGAGGAUGAAGAGAGGAAUGGGGAGAGGAGAAUGAAGAGGCAAGGGGGGAGGCAGUUAGCGGAGACACUGAAGCAGGAGCUCAAUUGCGCUGUCUCGCAGGUUGUUGACACAGUCGUUAAAGGCUUCGCAUUGCCCAAGCAGGCCAUCAGCCACCAUCACGGCUGCCACAGCACGCCAGCUGCCCCUUCCUCUUCUUCCAACUCAUCCUCUUCUGGUCCCCUGCCUUUUGGCCCACUCCCUUCCCUCACCCCGGACCCUCGUUUUGGCGGUGGUGCCUUUGCCCUCAAUCUUCACAGUGACGGCAGCCCCACUUCCAUCUACCACUCCUCCAAUCCGAGGCUGCACUGCUUCGGCGACAUAAUAGUGCCGAGCCCAUUGGACUCGUUCAACGGUCUGAACGGAAGGCUAAGCGGUGUGCCGACAUCCGAUGAUCAAACAGAGGCACUGCCGCUGGUGGUGCGCAAGAGUGGUGGCAGCAGCGGCGGCGGAGGCGAAGAGAAUGGCAACCCAGCUCUACCUCCUCCUCCUCCACCUUCCCACCAUCCCCCACUCCACCCCUCCCCUCUCGCAGCCACUCUUGGUUUCAGCCCUCCAUCCUUUCGCCACCCUUUCCCUCUACCGCUCAUGGGCUACCCCUUUCACAACCCUCUCGAAUCACACGGUGGUGGGACAGGGUAUAACCCUAGGCCCAAGGACCACCACCACGUUCACUCCUCCCCAGAUUCCAUGGACAUGACCCGUGAAACUGUAAGCCUGAGAACCAAAAUGGCUACCCUAGGAGGAGGGCAUCUCGGUCACCACCAUAACAGGCAGAGCUCGCCGAGUCAACACGGGCCCGAAGGUUUGUCGCUGUCUCUCAUCAAGUCUGAAUGUGGCGACCUGGCAGAUAUGUCAGACAUCUCACCGUACUCAAGCAGCACUACCCAAGAGGGUUUGUCCCCCAACCACCUGAAGAAGGCCAAGCUCAUGUUCUUCUACACUCGCUAUCCUUCCUCCAACAUGCUUAAAAUCUUCUUCUCUGAUGUCAAGUUCAACCGCUGCAUCACCUCCCAGCUGAUCAAGUGGUUCAGCAAUUUCAGAGAGUUCUACUACAUCCAGAUGGAGAAGUAUGCCCGGCAGGCCAUCAACGAGGGUGUGACUGCUGUCGAGGAUCUAGCGGUCGGCCGCGACGCUGAAAUCUUCCGGGCGCUCAACAUGCACUACAACAAAGCCAAUGACUUUGAGGUGCCUGAUCGAUUUCUCGAGGUGGCCCAGGUGACUCUUCGUGAGUUCUUCAAUGCCAUCGUGGCCGGCAAAGACGCUGACCCGUCAUGGAAGAAAGCGAUCUACAAGGUGAUCUGCAAGCUGGACAGCGAAGUCCCGGAAACCUUCAAGUCCCCAAACUGCCUCCAGGAACUCCUGCAUGACUGACAAGGAGGACGCGAGAAGCCCGGCCAGCUACUCCGGAACGUCACGACAAACGUGAAAGCUAUUUGAAAGUGUUGUUCGCUGACGCUUAUGAUGGACCCUGAUAUGCGAAGAGAAGUUUGUUAUGGACAAAGACAACAUUCUUGAUGCUCGCAAGAAACAACUGAGAGUUGCACUGAAAGAUGUUCUUCUUCGUCGCCCGUCCAUGCAUGUUCGUCAUCCUUUUGCGGACAGUGAACGGAACCAACUAGAAAUAAAGAAGAUAAUAUAUAUAUAUAAAGAUCUUUUUAUUGUAUAUGUUUUUAAGUGUCAUGGACAUUUAUGAGGAAAAAAGUGAUGUUUCUGUAUUUUUGCUUUCCUCCUUUGUAUGUAUAAGCUUGCACACUCUCACAUGCACGCUCAUGCACACCAACACACACUUCCUGAUUAGUAGAGCUCCGUAGCAUUCCCACAAACCUUUAACUUCCCUUUUACGUUUACAUUCUGUUUGUGUCAUUCAGUGUGGCAAGACUUGAUGGAUAUUUGUUCUGACAGAAUGGCACAUCUAACUCGUGCUGCAUUCAGGCAAGUUAACAUUAGGAAGCCUAUGGUAUUUAUUAGUGUGUUUGCAGCUUCAUUUGUUUAAUGUUCUUUUCCAACAUCAACAUUAUGGAAAUACGAGUUGGCUUUCUAUUUUAUAUUCAAUAUUUCAUCAAUCAAAAGACCUAAGGGCAUUUCUUUUUGUUAAAGUGAAAAGUGGAUUUGCUGUUUAAAAGUGUUUAUUGGACUGAGAGGUGAUCAUUCACAAAAACAAUCAUUCCUGUUUCUGCUGGUCCCUGGCUUUUUCACAAUUGCUGUACAUCCUCCACCUUGGUAUGGGGGAGGACUGGCUACAGUGAUAAAAACCCAUUUGUGAGUAUUUAACACUCAUGUCUCCCAUCAAAUGGUGUCUCUCUACUCUGGGCAUUGAUGAGGGUCAAAAAGCUGAAACGGUCAUAUGUACCAUGUUUUAACAGCAGCUAAAACUACACUGCUGAAUUUUUAGACAUGAUAACAAAUAUGACCAUUCUGAUACUGUUUUAUUUAUAAUGAUUAUUGCUGUUAAUAUUCUGAGGCUAAUUAUUCUAAUUAAGGCUUGCUCCAGAUUUGAGCUCUGGUUUAGUCGUUCAUCACAC